GGUCGACAAGAACAACCCCAACAUCAAGAUGUCAUUUCGCGGAGGCGGUCGUGGCGGCUUUUCCGGUCGCGGUGGAGGCUUUGGUGGUCGUGGAGGCGGCCGGGGAGGUUUCCAGCAGUCUUUUGGACCGCCAGACCAGGUGUUAGAGAUGGGCACUUUCAUGCACGCAUGUGAAGGCGAGAUGGUUUGCGAAUCAAUCAACCCGAAGAUUCCUUACUUCAACGCCCCCAUCUACCUGGAGAACAAGACACCCAUUGGCAAGAUCGACGAAGUUCUGGGCCCUAUCAACCAAGUAUACUUCACCAUCAAGCCCCAAGAAGGGAUCGUCGCGACGUCCUUCAAGCCCGGCGACAAGGUUUAUAUCGGUGGUGAUAAACUCCUUCCUAUUGAGAAGUUCCUUCCCAAGCCCAAGCCUCCACCCGGUGCCAAAGCCAAGAAGGCAGUCGGAGCUCGUGGCGGCGGUCGUGGUGGUCGUGGUGGUGCUCGCGGCGGCGGUUUCCGUGGCCGCGGCGGUGCCCCCAGAGGACGUGGUGCACCUCGUGGUGGAAGCUUCGGAUUCCGCGGUGGUGCUGGCGGUAGGGGAGGUGGCCGAGGAGGGCCUCGCGGAGGCUUCCGGCGUUAAAACGUGACAGCUUCUCUGUCUUUGCCUCGUCCUGUCUUAUUACGGCGUUAUGGGAACACGGGAAUUAUGUCGAUAAUUUUGACCACGGUCAUUUGAGAAAAAUUGGUUUUCAUCUAGUCUUGAAAUUUGUAUGAUCUGAUCUUCUCCGCGGUGUUGCCGUGACCU